CCUGUAGGUCUGAUCUAUGAUACUGGCUUAGCAAUGAAGGUUUGGAGAAAAGAAAUUCUCACCUCGCUAACCCUUUUAACAACAAUUCAAGCUUGUUAUGCUGUCGCUGUUAUAGAGAAGCUAUCAGAACAUCGGGCUGUGCAUGAUCUCAGAGGUAGGUUAACUCAGUAUACGUGGCUGUUAACACUGACCGACAGUCAUGAAUAGCAAAGACAAAACUACAAGACUAGAAAUGUGCGACAUCAGAAAAAUGUUUAUUUGCAAUUGCUACGUGACACCUGUCAAGAAACCUUAACUCGGACCGAACUUAUACCAAUAUAAAAAAUACCAAGAUUCAUCACUUAUACUGACACAAUAAAUACACCGACAUAUAACAGAGCAUACAAUGUAAAAGAGGAAGGAAUUAUUUUUAAUUAAUGGAUUUCGUUUUGUCCUGUACUCACUCACUUGUAGCAAUUUUCAUCUGUAAAUAGCCCUUUGUUGGUCAAGGUAAAAAAAAAGCCACUUUUAAAAAAUAAAAAAAAAUCACCCACAGAGGGAAAACAUGACUUGGCGACCGCAUGUUUUGUGGGUGAAAGAACAAAUUAAAUCGUCUCAGAAAAAAAGAAUUAGAGCAGCUAAUGUUUUUAAAAUCAGGUUUGGCCGGAUUCUGCUUUAUAACAUUCCUUUGCCUUCUUCUCUCCACGGACUUCUCUUAAAACUAAUUUUCCUAGUCUUCUAGCAGGUGGAUGAAAUUCCUUUCACGGCGGCGCUUCUUUCUUUCUUAGCUUCCGCUCAAGUUGUUUUCAUACGCUUGGUUAUCUUAAAAGCUACAAAAGUGAUGAACAAACUGACGUACUAUUUAUCUUUUCAUUGAAGAUAUUAAGCUUAAGCAAUGCGGAAGAAGACACUCUUCUCCAAUAAGACAAAAGCACAUGAGGAGCAAGAUGCUUAUUAGACCUCAUGCGCUUAGAAAGCGGAUAGUUGGAGGCCAUGUCAGCGGUGAUGGCGCAUGGCCAUGGCACGUAACAUUGUUCUUAGAUGGGUCGCAAGUGUGCGGUGGAUCACUCAUCUCUGAAGACUGGGUCCUAACUGCAUGCCAUUGUUUUACAGGUAUGUAAUCAGCUCUUUACGCAUGUCACCUUUACUAAAUGAGUGUAUUAAAGAAACAUACACAUAAACGUCUUUUCUAGAGAGCUGCAACAGGUAUGUUAUCGUGCAUGGUUCUAAGCAGUAGAGGGUAGCGGUGCAAGUGAGACGUGAUUGUAAUCGCACGCCGACAUUUUAUCAGGUUAAAGCAAAUUCUCAGCUCAGUUGGGGUUGAUUAUUAGUGAGCUUACGCAACAGGACAGCAGAGAGAAGAGGACGGCAAAACGUUUGUGUGUGACAAACAUGACAGGGCUAUUAGUAGUGUGUUUUGUUGUGAUCUUUUACUCAACCUUACUGUGUUUUGGUCUUUCACAAAAACUAGAGAUCUGUUUAAAGGAAUGUGUAGUUUGGCGGAGAUAUUAUAUUACAUAAUAAUUAUCAACGCCUGUCACACAGGUUUUGCCGUCUUCUUUCCCGCGCCGUCCUUUUGGGUAAGUUCACUAUUACUGUUCUAGCGACGAGUGAUCAUGUUUGUGCUCCUCAGAUUACCGCUCGUCAAAGGAUCCAUCUCGCUGGAAGGUUAAACUUGGUUCACAUCAAACCGCACAUGAGAAGAGAAUAUUUGAACAAGUAAGAGGAGUCAACAAGAUCAUCAUGCACCCGAGGUAUUAUGGGAAAACUGAAGAUGGAGUUCUUGUUCAGCCGCCAGAUUAUGACGUAGGUUAGUAACAUGUUCACAGGCAUAUGAAUAACUUACGACAUGUAAAUGAUAGUGGUAUGUAACUUUAAAAGACUCGUUCUCUUUCGAAUACGUCAUGUUUACAGACUAACGAGUUUAACAGAAAACACAUGCUAUAUAUGGAUAACGGUCAUAACUGGGUUUUUCCUCUUUUAAAAAAAGAGCACUUGUUUAAAUAACAACUUCUAGCCUUCCGAAAUUAUCAUAUAGUGACAUUUUAAAAUUCUAAAAUCAUCGUAUAGUAUGUGCAGUUGGAUUUAGAGAAAUCACUUUGCAAGAAACUUUCUUAUACAGUGUAAAUGCACGGAAAUUCCUCUGGUUUCAUUCGAAACAAACGAGAUUUCAUGUCAAAGGCACCCAACGACGGUUUCCUCCUAAAUAUACAGAAAACUCUUUUUAGGCCAUCAAGAGUACUUUUCAAUCUUUAGAAAUGCAUUCUUAGCGGCGCUUUAAAAUUUGUUUCUCUUCGGUAUAUCCUAUAAGGGGAACUUGAGUCUUUUCGAAAUUACAAGGGCUUCCGUAUUAUUUUCUCGAAAAUUUUAGAUGCCACUUGACGUUUUAUGAGAGGGAGAUUUUUAUUAAUUCUCUCUCCAUCACAUCUUUGAAUCCGAAAAUUUCAGGUUUCCUUUUUGUACGAAAAUUAUCCCAACAUAGGGAGUAAAAUGUGAGUGAAAUUAAACUUCAGAAAAUCGUAGGGAAGUUAUAAGAUAAGCUUUAGAAAAUUCCGGGCAAUAUUUGCUUUUCCGAAAAGAUAGUCACAGAAAACAGUCGUUGGGUGCCCCUAUUCAUGUAUACAGCUUAGCUUAACGUGUGGCACGAAAGUUUUGCGGGAGUUUAUUUGCGGAUUGGCGUUUUUUUGUGUUUUGCGGCAACUAAUUUUUGCGAAUAGGACAGAUUGGUCUUUCUUGCUUGAAAUUAAUUUUUGCGAUUUUCAGGAAGUACCCAGUGCCCAGCAUUGAGAAUAUUUUCCUUUUUAUUGAGUACGUGCAAUAGAAUACAUAUGUUCAAACAAUAAACCAGUAUUUCGUUGUAUACCGUUUCGUUUCUGAAUGAAAGAGACAAGUUCUGAUUGAACAGACACGAUUUCUUUGUACUGUAUUGCGGGAAAAAUGUUUGUGGUAAUUUUUAUUUGCGGGAACUUAUUUUUACGGAUCGCUGGAAAAAUUGCAAAAAUCACAAAAAAUUUCUUACCACACGGUAAGUAUCAAUACUACAUCUUCGUUUAGGAUAAAGAAAGUAACAAUUUGUGUAUUGUGUCACUCUUUCAGCUCUUCUUCGACUUUCAAACCCAGCCAGAUAUGAUAGUCACGUGCUUCCAAUUUGCUUAGCAACCGAUAGAAUAGAAUUCCCGUAUGGGAAGAUUUGCUACAUAACGGGCUGGGGAACAAUUGGAUGGAACAAGCCGCGAUCUAAGCUUUUACAAGAAGCUCCAAUCCCUUUAGUAUCGAGAGAUGAAUGCAAUGAAAAAAAAUCAUACAACGGAACAGUUCCCCUAACGGCCUUAUGCGCAGGCUUUAAAGAUGGAAGGGUUGACGCAUGCCAAAAGGAUAGUGGUGGACCGCUUGCUUGUGAACAUAGCGGACGCUGGUACCUCGUGGGUGUGGUAUCGUGGGGGAAAAGAUGCGCGUUGCCGAAUAAGUACGGUGUUUAUGCCGACGUACGAGUUUUACAUGCGUGGAUUACAAACAUUGUGGGAAAUGACUGA